UUUAUUACGAUACAAAAAUUGAACCUAGCUUAUGCAUGUGGUUUGGAUUUUCUUACCCACUCUAUUUAACCCCCCAAAUUAGAAAAACCAGGAUUAGAAUUUUCAAAACUAAAACUACUAUAAAUUUAACACAUCAAAAUUAUAAACCCACAUUUAUUUUUGUGCCUAAAUUUCCUACGAAUUAACUAAUUCAUCAUAGUACGUAUAAAAUAUAUGAUGACAUUAUUAUCAAAAGAUUGGAAUAUGGAUACCAUUAUCAUAGUUUUCAAGUAUGUAGCAUUUUUCCUAGCUGCAUACUUGACCCUUAAACAUACCAUCCUACGCAAUUUCAAGCUUAAGGACAAGUUACCACCAUCUCCAUUUCUUUCUUUCCCUAUUAUAGGCCACCUAUACCUCUUUAAGAAGCCCAUCCAUCGCUCCCUAGCCCGAUUGGCGGCCCAUUAUGGCCCGGUCCUGUACCUCAAGAUGGGAGCUCGGAACGUCCUCUUACUCUCCUCUCCGGAGGCGGUUGAGGAGUGUCUUGUUAAGAGUGAUGUCUUUGUUGACCGCCCUCGUCUCCUCCCUGGGAAACAUGGUGGUAAUAACUAUACUAACAUCGCAUGGUCCCCUUAUGGGGACCAUUGGAAAAACCUACGGAGGAUUGCAGCCGUUGAGAUAUUAUCUCCUCAACGACUGCAAAUCCUGUCAGGGAUCCGGGCCGAAGUGGCCCGGUCCUUUAUCCGUAGGGUGAUAAAAGAAAGCGCCGAAAAUGGCGGAAUAGUGGAGAUGAAGUCCGCUUGUUUUAGGCUCACCUUAGAUAACAUGAUGAGGAUGUUAAUGGGGAAGAGUAAUUAUGAUGAGGAGGCGAGGGAGGGGACGACGGAAGCUUCUAGAAGGUUCCAACAGAUUGUGGAGAGUAGUUUUAGAGUGAGUGGGGUGAAUAACUUGGAAGAUUUCUUGCCAAUUUUGAAGUGGUUUAGGGUGUUUUUAGGAUCACCUGAGGAGUUUAUGGAGAAGUUGACAAAAGAAAAGAAUGAGUUCAUGCAAGGAUUAAUGAAAGAACAUAGAGAGUUGGAAAGUCAAGGACGUUUGUCUGAUGGGAGGAAAAGGGCAAUGAUUCAUGUAUUACUGUCCUUGCAAAAGGAGGAUCCUCAAUAUUAUUCUGAUGACAUGAUUGGAAGCCUCAUUUUGGCACUAUUUCAAGGUGGAACAGACACUUCAGCAGCAACAAUAGAAUGGGUGAUGUCGCUCCUUGUAAACAAUCCCGACGUGUUGAAGAAAGCACAAGAAGAGAUGGAUAGAAACGUCGGAAACAGUCGUUUAGUAGAAGAUUCGGACAAGAACAACCUCCCUUACCUGCAAUGCAUCAUAAACGAAACACUACGAAUGUACCCAACAGGUCCAACAGGAUUACCUCACGAGUCAAGGGAUAAUUCCCAAGUAGGGAAAUACAAUGUCCCAAAAGGGUCAAUGCUAAUCUACAACAUAUGGGCCGUACACAACGAUCCUAAAAUAUGGGACGAGCCACGGAAAUUCAAGCCAGAGAGAUUCGUAGGGGUUGAGAUGAAGAGUAAACAAGUAGGUUACAAAUUCAUGCCGUUUGGUGCUGGGAAAAGGAUUUGCCCAGGUGAGCACUUGGCUGGCAAGGUCAUUUGGUUGGGGGUGGCAAUAUUGAUCCAAUGCUUUGAAUGGGAGAGAAUUGGAGAGGAAUUCGUUGGUAUGGAAGAAAGUGGUGGUGUUUCUUUAACCAAAAUUGAACCUCUUCGGGCUAAGUGUAGAACUCGCCCUAGCAUGAUGGGUGUCUUAUCCCAAUUCUAAGUCAUUGGCUCGUCCACUAUACCCAAAAUAUGUGAAAAUUAUUAGGGUGCAUCCAUCCAAUGGUAUUUUUAUGCUUAUAGCUGAUCUCCCGUCAUAUUUUCUUCUCACAUGUAAGGAGAAAAUUUAAGAAGGUGUACAGUGCACCCUGAUACAUGUAAUAUGUUCUAAAAUAUGAUGUGUUGUUGUCUUUAUCAUUGUUGUUGUAUUGUCGAAGUUAAUAAAACAGGGUGGUCGAGUCGGGGAGGGGAGUAUAGUAACCUCAUCAUGUAUGGUCAAUGCAUAUAUGUGUA